AAUUAUAAAGGAGCGAGAAGAGAGAGAGAAGAUAGAAAAUGGGAAACUGGAAAUAUAUUACGAUGAUCCAUCACUCGUCGCAAUGUUCAUCGGUCAUCACUUGAUUUUCAGAACGCUCGAGUUCGAUUUGCAAAGGUGAAAGCAGGAUAUCCCUGAGGAUAUCGUGUAUUUAUCUGUCCAGGAAGCGAAACUUUCAGCCACACAAAUGCAGCCGCACGUGCGGCUUCGCAUAGGGGCGGCGCAGCGCCGCAUGAGAAAGAGAGGGUGGCGGAGGGUGGAGAGACAUCUCCGGGAGAAGGGAGCAUCCCCCUACCUUGGUCCUUCGCCCUAGCCAGCACGAGGUGAGAGAAUGGAGGACAGCCAGGUGAUUCAGACGCGCGUGCCACCCUGCAGAGACCGACGUUCUCCAGUUCGCGAAUACCACAUUGCGACGUUCGGUCGACCUGUCUUGAGACACCGCGAGCUUCAUCCUAGUAGUGCUUCUACAAGGAUAAUUUUUCUAGUGUCCUGAGUCGGAAAGUUGUGCUCCUGUGAUAAAUAUUAAUUCUGCAACAAUGUCGCAUCGAGAAUGAGAUUCUGAGAGCGAGUCGAAAUAAUUAAUGAAGCACACCCGAAGUGAAAGGAUUCGGGAAUGAAUGGGCUGAAUUUAAAGAGUCCUAGACAAUCGGAUACGUGGAUUUCUCAAACUGCGAGACGUUGAAUCGUGAAAAUAUGAAGAAUUUGUAAUUCUGACUUUUACAACAUUUGACACUCGCUUCAAAUUCUUUGAAUCCUUAGGAACAUUGGACAUCUGUGGAACUCCUCGGAUCCGCAAACCUUGAAGCUGAAGCUGUAAACACUUGAAUGCGGAGGAAGAAAUUCUAUGUCGAAGAACUUCCGGCUUUACUCAUUCUCCUUCGUUUCGCAAGAAAUAUUCUACAGGCAACUAUCGACAACUUCAUCUUCACUCGGAAGAAUUAUUCUACGUUCUCCGAGAUUCAUGGACCAUCUGAUCUAAAAAUUAUCACUGCCAUCCCGUUAAAUGUCUACGAAGAAGACGAGAAGACCGUCCUCGCCGCGACGCUUCUUCGCGCGGCUCUAUGGUCACUUAGAAGCAACCAAGAAGACGGAAGAGGACGAGGAUGAGGAUCGCGUGAGGGAGAGUCUGGACUCGUCGCCGGAAAUCACGGAAGAAGCCCCGCACGUGCUUCCUGGCGUGCCUGGCACGCGCGAAACAUUACACGCAUCGCACUCCAAGAACCUCGAGGAGACAUCGGGGGAUGUUGCGAGGGGUAAAGUAUCCGAGGAGAAGGGAGUGGAGAAGGAUUCGAUGCUCGCGGGUAUAAGGCUGCCCUUCCUGCACGGAUUUUUCCCGAGGCCACCCGGUCAUCCUUUGCACCUGACGCAGCUCGCACAUCCGCCUGCGCUGCCGCCGCAUCUUCACGGCCUGCCAGGCCAUCACCCUAUGACCGAACACCACUUUCAAGGAUUCUCAGCUUUCCUGGCGCGCAGAAGAAGAAAAGAGGGCCGGCCGCGAAGGCAGAGGACGACUUUCAGCGGCGAGCAAACUCUGAGGUUGGAGGUCGAAUACCGACGUGGAGAGUACAUCUCGAGAGGCCGCAGGUUCGAGCUCGCGGCAUCUCUCAGGCUCACCGAGACGCAGAUCAAGAUCUGGUUCCAGAACAGGCGCGCCAAGGACAAGAGGAUCGAGAAGGCACAGCUGGAUCAGCAGUACCGAAACUUUGCCGUUUCGAAUGGCUUGGUGAACCUGCCAACGCUUUACAACGCGGCGGGAUUCUGCGGUCUCUGCUUGUACAAGGAUACCUACGGUUUGGCAACUAAUCACUCCUGCGUUUCCGGUAACCCCAUCGUCGUCGACUCGUCUUUGAAGGAUCAGCCACACUACAGCAGCAGCGGAAGCGAAACGUCAGACAAUCCGCCGAAUAUUGUGUCCACAAUGUAAUUAGAUUUAACGUAAUUGCUAUGUGCGCUAUUUAUUAUUUAACAUGUCAAAGUUAAAUUGAACGUAUAACUACGCAAAAAAGAACCAACUGAAACAAUUGGUUUUUCAUACAGACUUCAGUAGGAAGUAUUGCAAAAAUUUUCUCUCUGUGGUACAAAUGUAGCAGCUGCAAAAAUCAGCUUCCCGCAUGAAUAUCUUUAAAAAGAAAAUUUUGUAUAAAAUUAAAGGAUUUAAAAAUAAGGAAUUCUUGGGAUUGAGAAUAGAGAAGAAAUUGGCACGGAUUUACAGACAGGAUUUUUGAAUUCGAUAUUGCCAAUCAUAAAUAAAAUUAGCUUAUACCUUUAAAAGCUCCUUCUUGUGCUUCUGAUUUUUCAACAUACUGAGCGCACAGGAUCGAUCCAUCGGUAAACAAUUAAAAUAAUAAAUACCACAAAUGCGACUAAACAAGUCAGACUACGAUUAAUUGUAGUAAUAUCGUAAUUGCGGAGUAGCAUGUAUUUCGGGAAUUUGGAGGAAAUGAAACAAUUCUGUAGUCUAGAAAAGAAAAUUUAUUAAACGUGUAAAAAUAGUUACAAUCUAUAAAUAUCGGACAAUACAUCCAAGAUCUUGAUCUCUAGGAUCUCUACAAUCUUGGUCUGUUCACAAGUCUUUCAGCUCUUAGUACAUUAAAUCUGCAAAUGUAAGAACUUCCAGACUCUGAAAAAAUUAGAUUCCAGAAUUUCACCUGAUCCAAAAAGCCACUGAGACUUUCAAGAUGCCUUCAAACCUGAGCUUUUGAUCCUUCUCUGCAUUUGCUAAUGAAAAUCUGAGAAUUUAAUAUUAAGAAUAUUUUUCCAUAUUUCAAUUUCCAUGAGAAAAAAUGUAUUAUUUUUUAUGCAAGGUAAAAUCUUGAAAACUCUGUUUUCUUAAUCUAAAAAUUCAGAUUCUUGAUUAUAUGAUUAUAAAAACCUUCAUUAUCGUAUUUUUGAUUCCAAAAUGUUUGGUCGUCUCAAUCUUCUCGGAACUUUCAAGUUAUAUCUUUUAAGUUUUAUCUUCAAUCGUCGAAUCCCUGAAUUUUAUAAUUUUAUGACCUGUCGAUUCUCAAAAAUAUGUUAUUAAAAAUUUCUCGAUCUUUAGGAGUGUAAGAUAUUUUUGACGGUCUUAUUUAUUAAAAAUUUUUUUUUGAGAAUUUUUUUCAAAUGACAAAAUAAUUCUCAUCAUACUUUCCAAGUACUUGGUAGAGCUUAUUGUCAGCCAAGGAAAUGGAUUGUUACUUACCUCGGCUAGAGGGCUACCUUGGAAAGUCGGUGGUAGAAGCACGUCGCUCUCUUCGAGUACCGGCCCAAAUGGCAAACCAGAAAUUAAUGAAAACGAAAGAGCAAUUAAUACAAUGAAAAUAACAGAAAAUCUCAGUAACAAACAUCCUGCCUGCUCUGAGCAAGAGAACUCAAAUCAACCAAGUGAGAAUAAUCCGCCUAUUAUUAUAUAUCAUUGGCCUUCUCACGUAUCACCUAGUUCUUUCCAAUUUUUAUUCAUUAAAUUUAUUUAAAUCUUUUAACUCUUCUAACUCAACUUUUACACGAUUUUCAUCGUUAGUCUUUUUAAUUUCUCUUAUUGGCAUGUUAUGAAAUCUUCAGAUUUCUAGAGUCUCAAGUUCUUAUGUAGAAUAUCACCUUCGUAUUAUAAUCGACUUUUCGGAAAAUUUAAGUGACAAAGCUCUUUAAACCUAGGAUACCUGCCAGUAAACAGCUUCUGUUGCUACCCAAUAUUUUCUUUUAAGUAUCAACACUCUUCUUCCCAAGCUGUGAUAUACUUCGCCUGAUUGAAUUUUGUGUCAAAGAUAUCCUUACAUCUACAAGAAUGUUCGAUGUCGAAGAUCCUCGAAGCCAUCAUAUAUAUUUGAGACAAUUUCUAGAUUCUCAAAUAUGAUUGAACACAAAAGAAAAGCACUUGUCUCUUGGAGAUAAUACUUUUACACAGAGGCUCUUGCGUGCACAUGUGCACUAGUGAAGAUGUAAAAAAGAACAAAAAAGAACAAAAAUGUAUAUUAAGACAGCAACGAUGCAACAGCGGUACAAACGAAAGUGUGCCUCCUGUUCUGUCUAAAGCUCUUCCCGCGAAAGACAAACUAAUCGAAUGGGAUCGGCAGGAAUCCA